AGUGUCGCUGUUAUUUAUUUUUAAAUUUUGAAAGUUUGGAACCGUUUUUAUUCCUAAGUUUUGUUUUAUUCUUGUAAAUAAAAUAUUUGAAUUAUAAAUAGCGAUUAGCUUCUAUAUAGUUUGUGCGAUUAGCGAGUUAAGUUACUACAUCAAGUUAUACAGUAUACAUACACCUUACCUAUCUUUAAAUAAAAUACAGUCAAGAAUGGCCUUCAAAUAUUAAUAAAAUAUUUUGAUUGAGGAGAAUGAGGAAUAUGUUUAGAAAAGUUGAUAAAAAACUACCGGAUGAUAGUGAAAAUCAGGAAUUGCAGGAAGAAAUAAAACAAUUAGAAGAAAAGCUUAAGGAAAAACAUAAUGAGUGGUUUCAGAUUCAACGCAAUAGGUACAGAAGUUUACCUCACCGUAAACCUAACACAUCCAAAAAUAAGCCUGAAACUUUUGUAAGACCUCAGAAAAUUAUACUACAAAAUUCAAUAGAAAAUGUUAGGAGAAACCUAGAACUGAUGUUAAUGGUGUCAGGCAUGGAGGUGCAGUCUUAUGCUGCUGGUGAUCACUGUUGCAUUGUUUACCAUAUGCAACAUGAUGCAGAGAACGAGGUCAAGCAUGGGUUACGGAUUGAUAUGAAAGCUGGAAAGAAUGAAGUUACCAAAUGUUCAUUCCCACUUGGUUUCAACUUAAAAGCAGUGAUUGAAGAAUUUGAUAAUGUGAUGAUGCCAGCAUGUCUAGGUUCGAUAAGGAAGGCUCUUGUGGCAUACUAUGAUAGGCUUGGGCAGUUUGAAGCAUUGCAGAAGUUACUUAACGUGGAAGCACAAUUGUUCAAGAAACUGGACACAUCACAUGUUAAAAUAUCGUUUUUUGCUGAAACUGAUGUAGAAGGGGAGGAUGAACCAGUGGUGAUCAACAUAGUCCUUACGUUGGACUACAGGGUUUAUGAUAUAAGGCCCAAGACCUAUUGCUUCAAUGAAAAUGAUUUGCCAGAAGAUGCACCCGCGGCCCUUAGAAAUCAGUGUGCGGUAUUUAGGAAAAAGUCUUUACAGAAAGCAUUUAAAGAGGCAUUUAUGGAUGGAAUUGGUCCUUACAGACUUAUGCAACAGUUAAAGACAGAACCUCAACCGAAACCGCAACGGAGACCGAAGCGAUUCCGACCAAAUAAGCACAACUAUAACAAUGAUGACACCUUCCUGCCUGAAGAAUGCUCCGACCAGGGUGAAGAGGAUGAAGUAGAACAAUAAAUGCUGUCUCUUUUUUCAUAACUUGUCAAGUUCAAACAAAACACAUUAUUAUUGGUAAUCAAAGUAUUAUUAGUAAAUGGAAUAAUAAAGACAAGCUAUAAUUAUGUAAUAAAAUUUAUUAGGAAUAAAAAAUAAAAUAAAAAAGGAAUUUUUACAACUCUUUAUACAUCCAUAGACAUAGUACAGGAUCUGGCAGUGUUGCUCUCAUUUAUGCACCAACUAGUCUUAUCAAAUUAUAAUUAUAACUUCUCGAUUGCUGAGUAUAAUUUAAUUUCAUGAAAAUGAGAUGUCACAUUUUUUGUCAAUAAAUAAUUUGUGCAUG